AUGCUCGACGUCAAGGUUCAAAGCUUUGCGGUAGCGGAGAUGGUUGUUAAGAGCAAGCGCAGCGUACUUGAUGACAUCACGCUCUUUACGGAAGACCGUCGUGAAAUCUUCGAGACGUAUUUAGAAACACCCGAGUCUUCUGACGUAAUCACCGAGAUUGUACAGAAAUCAGAUGGCUACACCUUCAGUGAAAUCGAGAAGUUGGCGACCAGUAUCAAUGUGGAAUGCGCAAUUCGUGAUACCAAAUACGUCAAACGAGUGGAUGUCGAGAAAGCGUUUGAAUGUUUCGUGGCCGGAAAGAUUGGCAAGAUAGAGGAUGAUCAAGUUCUCCCAACACUGGAGGAUGUCGGCGGCAUGUUCGAACAAAAAAAAUUACUCGAGCGCGUCAUUAUCUGGCCGAAAAAGUACCCGCAACUAUUCGAAUCUGUCGGAAUCCCUGUGAGCAAAGGAAUCCUACUUCAUGGACCAAGUGGAUGCGGAAAGACACUCCUAGCGAACGCCACUAUUUCCAACUCCAAAUUCAGCGUGGUUAAUGUAAAAGGUCCUGAACUACUUUCCAAGUAUAUUGGUGCAAGUGAAGAGAAUGUGCGAUUGGUUUUUGAAAAAGCUCGCUCGUGUGCUCCGUGCAUUCUUUUCUUCGAUGAGCUCGACUCAUUGACACCAAAACGAGGGCACGACUCGACAGGAGUGACGGAUAGGGUCGUCAAUCAAUUGCUCACCGAGUUGGAUGGAGCAGAAGGAGGAAUGAAAGGUGUUAUCAUUCUUGGGUGCACCAGCAGAAUCGACCUUAUCGAUGACGCGCUUCUAAGACCUGGCAGAUUCGACCAUCACGUCUAUUGCGGACACCCUGCACAGGAUGAACGCCUGGAAAUCAUGAAGGUUCUCACCAAAAAACUUCGGGUGAUGGACAUCGAUUUUGAGGAGUUAUCAAGGAAAACCGAGGGAUGGAGUGGAGCAGAUAUACAGUUGUUGUUUACAAAUGCACAAUUCCAUAAUGCUAGGAAAAUUGCUCAAGAAGAAGACGGACUUGAAGAGGAUGACGUUGCCAUCGACAUGACCGCCAUUGAGACAGUAUUCUGUGACUCGACGCCAAAACCAAAAAAAUCUGAAGUGGAUACAAGAGUUGGGCAGAAAGUGACGUUGGCUUAA